AUGGAGUGCGGUGUUGUAUUCUGGGAAUCAGGAGACUCAAAACCUUUUUUCUGCUCUGCGUUCCCAGCAUUGAAUCUCUGCAUGUGUCGCUCUGCACUUGUCCCUCGUGCUGCAGCCAUUGUGAUUUCUCUUUGUCCCCCUGAGUCUGACCCUCCGCCUGUGUCCCUCCGUGCUGCAGCCAUUGUGAUAUACAACAAGCGGGGCAAGAUAGUUCGCCUGCCCCAGCCGCUCAACGAGUUCUUUGGAGUGAUGCCCGCCAAUUCCACCCACCCAGGCGACUUCAUAAACAAGGCCACGUGUGUCUUUGACGCCUCCUCAGGCCGGUUCUUCAUUGCUGCAGCAUGGCUUUCGGGCGGGUAUCGCAACAAGUGGGACCGGUUUGGGCAGACGAGGAGGAACGCGGAUGGAAGCACGUCAGGCUACGGCAUAGUGGUGGCUGCCUCGUCCUUCCUCACGCCUAUGAUGGCCUGGAACGUCUUCUUCAUUCCCGCCAGCAACGACGGAGUGAAGUCUCACAACGACACGGCCCCGCCUCUGAGAUACCCAGGCCGGGUCUACUGGGGCGCCACCCCUCGCAUCACGGUGGACCGCUACGGGGUCUACCUCACCACGCGGCAGUAUGCCAUGCAGGGGAAGCUGGGUCGCUUUGUGGGCAGCAACAUAUAUGCGAUCCACAAGCCCAAGCUCUACCUGCGUUCCUCCAAGCGAGUGGUGCGCUUCGCCAUCCCCAUGAUCAACUACAACAGCUUCCCCGUCUUUGGCCUCGAGCCGCAGUCCCCAAGAGUCCCCCGCCUCUCCCGUUACCACAACCAGGACACAGUCUUCUUUGGCUGCAUCGACAUCUCCUUCACCUUCCCCCUCCCCCACACCUCCCUCGCGCUCUGGUCCCUCUCCGACACCUCCUCUCUCAUGCUCCCACACCCCACCCUCCGCCUCCGCUACUCAAUCAUCGACACACCGGCUUACUAUGAUUCAGACUAUGCCAAGCAAAAGCCCGGGCCGCCACCAUAUGAUACCCCCCAGGAUGUGGUACCUCCGACGUCCACGUCUGUAGCGUGGUUCAAGGGGCACGUGUGGAUGGCGUUUCCGUCCGGCUACAGCCUGGACCCGACCUCCGUGCCGUCCGUAGCGCUGGUGAAGCUCCGGCCGAUCCUGCGUGGGAAGAGGUCGUUUCCGACCCUGGUGUCGAAGUUCGGGAUUUAUGGAGUGCCAGGGCAGAGCCUGCUGAGCCCUGUGAUUGGCUUUAACAGCAAGGGCCAGGGCAUCCUUGCAGCAACGCUGAUUGGCUCUGAAUACUUCCCUACAGCGGCAUAUGUCCGCAUCAACCAAAAAGGAGUUAUUGGAAAUACUGCUGGUAACCCUACGAAUCGCAGAGGUAACAGCCCCCACCGCAGUAGGUCGCGAAUGUCGUCCCCUUACGAUCCGAGGAAGGGGGACAGCGGGGCCGAGGAACAGCCAAUAGAGAGGCGAGGAGCGCCGGAGGCGGCGGUGAUUGCGGAAGAUCGAGGAGCAUCCGCCAGAUGCUCGAUCGACGGUGGAGAAGUGAGGAAGCAGACCAGCGGCGUAAAUCAGCCUGCAUCGCGCACUAGCAGCGGGCGGUCGGAGAGCCGCGCGGAAAUCCUCCCGCGCAGCGGAAGCGGAAGCUUUCGGGGGGAGACGGGGCUCGUGCGGAGCGCAAGCAAGGGCGAGGACGUGGCGGCGCACGGAAACGCGCUAGCGCUGGUCCCCGUGGGCGGAGGGUGGGGGGAGAUGCUGAACCAGGCGCGCGGCGGAGCCGGGGGGCUGAUGGUUCCCGCGGCAAUGGCGCAAGAGAGUUCCGACGUGGUGAUGGGGAUUCUGUGGAAGUGGGUCAAUCUAGGUCGCGGCUGGGGCAUGCGACUGUUCGUCCUGGAAGGGGGCGUUCUGUCCUUCUUCAAAUUGGACGGUCCAGAUAAGGCCAUCGUGGUUCACGAGCUGCAGCGGCGGCCGGGCGCGCGACUGAUCGGCGACGAGAUUCGUCGCUACGCGCGAAUCGAGCGCGAGAACGGCGUUCUGGCGACGUCGCUGGGUGUGCUGGGCGACAGAACGCCGCACGGUCAGAUCGAGCUCCACGUGUCGACCAUCCGCGCUAGCACGACGGACAACCGAAAGUUUUACGUGUUCGGGCACAGAACGCUGGGUCUUAGAACCGAAUCCAAAGCGGGGCGGGAGCUUUGGAUGGAAGCAAUAGAAAACGCGCGCGUGAACCUAAUUAAGAGGCUCCACGCGGCGACGAAUAAGGUGGACGUGUCGUCGCACGUGUGCUUCGACGCGGUUAGGGCAUACAUGCAGCGAAACGGGGUGGAAGAGGAGGUUAUAAGCGGUGUGGAGGAGUUGGUUCGGAGAAAGGUGGUGGUUCGGCUGGAGACGAAGUUAAGGGAAGAGCAGAGGAAGCGGUUGCAGCUGCUGACGCUGCUGCGGCAACUCGAGGCGGAGAAGGUGGAGCUGGAGACGGCAGUGGUGGACGAGAAGAGGCAGCACGGCCAACCCAGCAGCAGCGCCAUGCUUCUGGGCGAAGAAGACGACGAUGCAGACAGCACGUUCGACCAAGAUGACGGGGACGACGAGGGGGACGACGAUCCAGGCGCGCAAGCCGCCGGGGGUGGCGGCAGGGCGCGGAAGGAGCCGCGGCUGACGUCGACGGUGCGCGAUACGGACGAGGAUGAGGGGGACACGGACAGUGACUGUAACGACGAGUUUUACGAGGCGAUGACGGAGUUUGCCGGGCAGGGCAUGGUGAAACGAGUGUUGGAUAUCGAAGAGGUGGGGUUCAGUUACCCGCAUGUACCAAGGCGAGUGAAGCUGCCCGAACCGGAGGAGGAGGAGAGGCCUUUGAGCCUGUGGUCCGUGCUCAAGGAGUGCAUGGGCAAGGACAUGUUCAAGGUCUCCCUGCCCGUCAACUUCAACGAGCCGCUCAGCUCGAGCCAGAAGUACCUCGAGAUGCUGGAAUACUCAUGGCUGCUGGAUAGGGCUGCGGAGUAUGGCCGGAGGGGUAACCGGUUGAUGCGAGCAGCACAUGUGGCAGCUUUUGCAGUGUCGCGCUAUUCAGGCAACGAGGGGCGCAUGCACAAGCCCUUCAACCCGCUGCUGGGGGAGACCACCGAAGGGGACUAUCCUGACAAGGGCAUUCGUUACAUCUCAGAAUCGGUGGUGCACUACCCGCCAAUGAUAGCCUGGCACGUGGACGGCACAGGGUGGAAGUUCUGGGGGGACGUGUGCCCCAAGAUUCGAUUCUGGGGGCCGUCCAUCCAGCUAGACCCUGUGGGGGUCCUUACCGUGCAGUUCGACGACGGGGAGACGUACGAGUGGAGCAAUGUGACGGUGCUGAUUCAGAACCUCAUUCUGGGGAAGCCCUUUGUGGAGCACUAUGGCACCAUGCGCAUCAAGGGCAACCGCGGGUACUCUGCCCGCCUGCGCUUCAAAGAGCGAUCUACUUUCGACAGGAAUCCUCAUCAGGUGCGGGGCCUGGUGCAGAACGAGGCAGGGGACGAGCAGGGCACGCUGAUGGGGAGGUGGGACCAGCACAUGCACUACGUGCCGGGGGAUCUGACGAGCAAGACGGCCAAGGAGGAGAGUGAGGUGCUGGCCACGGCACAGCUCAUCUGGAAGAAGAACCCCGUGCAGCCCAACCUGAAGUACAAGUUCACGCCCUUUACAAUCACGCUCAACGAGCUCACUCCUGGGCUCAAGGAGUUACUGCCCCCCACUGACUCACGGCUGAGGGAGGACCAGAGGGCACUGGAGGAGGGGCGGUAUGACUUUGCCAACCAGGAGAAGUGCCGCCUCGAGCAGCGCCAGCGCAAGGCGCUCAAAGAUGGGGAACCAGGGUGGGGCCCUCGGUGGUUCAAGCCUAUAGGGCCAAACAAUGCCUGGCGGUACACUGGGGGAUACUGGGAGCGGCGGGAGAAGCGGGACUGGUCCGGUGUGCUGGACCUGUUUGCGCCGGAGGAGGCUGAUGGCGAUGCUAACAAGCCCGCUGCUGACGAGGCGGGAAUGUGGCGAUACGGCCAUCAAACGCCAGACGCCACCAGGCAGCGCGAUCUCGCCUCAGCAGCGCCAGACGCCUUAGGCAGCGCGAAAUCGCCCCUUAGCAGCGCCUCGACGCCACCAGGCAGCGCGAUCUCGCCUCAGCAGCGCCAGACGCCUUAG